AUGUUUGGCAUUGGCCUGCACCUAGCACGAUUCGCACAACCACCAUCGGCCUUCCUGAAGGCGAACGACGCCCUCGUUGACCUAUUCAGUUCUACCCUUAUUGGUGCCAUACUCUUGGUUCCUCGACAGUACAGUUCUGAAAAUUCCAGAGUUAUUACCAUGGCCGAGUUCUCCUUAUCUAAUUGCUCAGGCGAGACUCACGAGUCGCGACCCAGUCAAUUAUUCGGGCUCACCAGCUCAAAUUACACUACACUACAAACAAGCCGUAGUUGUGAACAAGUUACAAAUAUACAGUAUUCCUCCGCAGUAACGCUCAUCCCCAACCUCGCAUCCCUACGUCUUUCUGCCGCCUCUAUCCAGCUCUGGUCCUCAUACCCAUACUCUUCCACCCAGGCCUCCAUUCCCCCGGCUGUCCAAUUUGACGGGAGUCCCGCACUUGUUGCACACCACACGUUGUUUGGUGAUGGAUUCGACGUCGACGCAAGGAUCCUGUUGAAGAAAUUGGAGGCGCUUUUCGUCCAUCUUGCUCACCUUUGUUCCUGGGAAUUGAGCUGGCUGGACAAGACGCCGCAAAAACGUCUUUCUCAGCUCCGCGGAGUCGAGCAAGGUUUCGCUCGGGUGCGCAUCUCUAAUUCAUCAUCGUUCGCAUCGGGGUGGGAGGAAACGAGGCAAACGUACCUUUUACGAUCCGAUACAUGCUCAUCGUCUUUGUUAUUGUCGUCGUCCAAGUCGACGGAGCUGCUAAGAACGGAAUCAGACAUGGCUCACGGACAAAGUAUCCUGGAACCACUGUCACCUGGUACUACAUACAUCCUAGUCGCCAGAUUUAGUGGGAUGCUAUUGCGAGAGAAGUCCACUUACGUCGACAAAUCCGAGUCCCUCUUAUACCAGGUGGUCAAUGGCGGAUAUGGGUUGACACGGUGGGAUAUAUCCAUUCCAACCAUCUCAUUCGAUGGCCUCAUCGAUAGACGAGGCGCGCUACACGCUGUUGCAGCUGGCAAGACGAGGUCAUCGAAUUUGGUGUGCUUAGAACUACCGGUAUGCAGCGAAGUCAUGUGCCCACCGAGAAAUGAGAAUGAUUAA